AUGGCAACAGCAUCAAGCAACAUGAAGGGUUUCUACAGGCAAAGGAAGAGUGGUAUCACGAAACCAACAUCUACCAAGUCCAAGAAAUCAUCCCUUCAUCGCGAGGCUACUCUUGGCUCUGAUAUCACUCAACCAUCCGCCCUGAUUUCCCAUGGCUCUCCUGAUCUCAAAGAUGACUAUGACAAACACGAGGAACUGUUAAGGCAAUUUGACAUGAACAUGGCAUAUGGGCCGUGUCUUGGGAUGUCUCGGCUUGCACGUUGGGACCGUGCUCAGGGUUUAGGUCUAAACCCACCUAAAGAAAUUGAGGGCCUGUUGAAGGGGGAAAAGGUUCAAUCCGCAUGCUUGUGGGAUGGUCACAUAUAG